AAUAGAUGUAUUGGUGUCCACUUGUCCAGUGUUCAUUAUGUAUUAUAAUAAUUUGUUGUUUAUUAAUAUAAACGGAAAAAUAACAUCUGUCAGUAUAAUUUAAAAAUAUGUUUUUAUUUUCUGAGUCAAUUUUUCAAUACAAAUAACUAAUAUAAUAUUAUUUAUAUUUGUAUAAUUCUGAUCUAUCUACAGAUAAAUAAUUUUGUGUUGAUCUUUAAAAAAUCAAGAUAUGUUUUCAAAAGAAUUUUGUAUAAAUAAAAAAAAUUAAAAACUUAUAUUUAUAUAAUCCCAGUUGUACAAUGGAAGAAUUUAAAGUUUGUGAAAAUGAAUCCACCAAGGUAAAACUCCAAGGAUUAGAUCUCAUUUUAAAGUCAAUAAACUGUGAAAAUUACAAGUCUAAAUUUGUUGAGUAUGGAAUUGAUGAAUAUACUAUGCUUUAUCUUACUGCAUCUGAUUUAAGACAAUUGGAUGUCAGCGAGUGUGAUAUACCAGUAAUUCUUUCUGCUAUUAGUGUUUUGAGUAAAACUUCAAAUUAUUCAAAAGUAAAAUUAUCAAAUGAAGAAAUUUCAAAACUUCAAUCAAAUAUUUGUGGACAGCUAGGAUCUAUAGCUAUUGCCCUAAAUUACAUAUAUGAUACACUUUCUUCAAAUCCCUAUGAAGAUAAAUUGAUAGAUGAUUACCUUUCAACAAUAGAUGCUGCGACUAUGCUUAAACCUUAUUUAAGAAAGGAAGAAGAUAGUGUAAAAAAAACUUUAAAAUCAGUUUAUAAAACAAGAAAUGGAAGAAAAACUUUUUUCAUAACAGCAACAACUUGCACAGUAAUAUUAUGUGUGAUUACUUUUGGUUACAUAAAAUUUGUAAAGAGAGAAAUCCCAUCAAUAAAUAUUUGGCUUAAAAGUUCUAUUUACUUACCUAAACUUAAUCAAAUUAAAAUUUGGAAAUUUUAAGCAAUAAGUUUUAUAACAUUCCUCAUUACUUAAUAAUUAUAUA